CUUUGCAGAUAAAUACCGCACGCUAGCCUCACGUUUUCUGAGACACUCCUCAACUGCUUUGGCAUAUUCUGAGCCUACAGCAGAGGGACCUCCAAUCUCAGCACCAUGAAGCAAAGUGCCAUUCUUAUUUUCUGCCUUAUCGUUCUGACUCUGAGUGGCAUUCAAGGAAUGCCUCAUGCUAGAACUGUGCGCUGCGUCUGCAUCACGAUUAGGAAUCAACCUGUUAAUCCAAGGUCUUUGGAAAAACUUGAAAUUAUUCCUGCAAGUCAAUUUUGUCCACAUGUUGAGAUCAUCGCCACAGUGAAAAAGACAAAAGAGAGGAGAUGUCUGAAUCCAGAAUCUAAGGCCGUCAAGAAUUUACUGAAAGCAUUUAGCAAGGAAAGGUCUAAAAGAUCUCCUUAAAACCAGAGAGAAGCAAAAUCACUGCCGUGCUGAUAAGGAUGGGCCAACGGAGAGGCUGCUGCUCCCAUCACUUCCCUACCUAGAGUACACAUCAAGCCCUGAUGUUCCUAAAAGGUGACCAGCAGUUACCAAAAAAGCUGCUGUUACUCCUGCAGGAAGGUAGCCGAUUCGUCCUCCUGAGCUGCUCAGUAAUAACUCAGCCCUGGAACUGCACUGUAAGCUAAGCCGAGGUGCUGCACAGCAAACGUGCCAAGUCCCACUCCCGCCUCUGACACUUUCCUGACCUUUCCUAUCUCCCAAAGUUAUUUCUGCUUCUAGGUUUAUCAGCGUUCUUAGAACCUCAAACAACUAAAACAUAUGCGAUCAAAGUGAUAAUACAACCUGCUUUUUAAGAACAAAACAUGCUUUUUUACUCCAUGUAUUUCUAAUAUCAUUCUCCCAAAGGGCCCCUACAGUUUCCGUGGUUACAUAUCUAUAAUUCCAAAUACUUACAGGAAGCUAGGAAUGUCUGCAAACGUGUGUGUGAAUGUUAUUUAAUGGAAGACUGUACAAAGUAGAAUUCUUAGACGUUUAUGUUUCUUAUAUUUUUUCUGUGUAUGGGAUAGCUUGUAAUUUAAGUACUAUAUAUCUAUGUGUAAUGGGAAAAUUUUCAUCUAGAUAUAUGCUCUGUUAUAUAAGACAAAUGUGCUGGAUGGUUUUCAAAAUAAAAAUGAUGUGCUUCCCCAGAAAUAUUAAGAAAAAUUAACAACUGAGAAACC